GGUGGUUAUAGCUAGCUUCACACUGGUUCCGCUGCUCAGGGUGCCACUAUAGAUAAAGAAAAGUUGUUUUUUUUAGCAUUACAAGGAAACCUUCGGGCUUAUUUAGGAAGAAAUGGAUGUGAGGAAGAGGAUCGUGUUGGAGCUGAGGAACCGGAAGCCAGGAGAGGUUCAGGAGCUAAUCCUGGACAACUGUUGCUCCAUUGAGGGAAAUCUCCAAGGACUCACCUGCGAGUUUUCUAACCUGGAGAACCUCAGCCUCAUAAACGUUGGACUGAUCAGUGUGUCCUACAUGCCCAAACUGAGCAAACUCAAGAAGUUGUACUUGAGUGACAACAAGAUAUCUGGAGGUCUGGAGGUCCUUGCAGAGAAACUCGUGAAUCUAACUUACCUUAACCUGAGCGGCAACAGCAUUAAAGACCUCGGCUCGCUGGAGCCGCUUACAACGUUGCGUCAUCUGAGGAGCCUUGAACUGUUUAACUGCAAGGUGGCCGAAAAUGCUGACUACAGAAAGUCCAUCUUCAGGCUCCUCCCACAACUCACCUACCUAGAUGGUUAUGACAUUGACGACCAGGAGGCAUCUGACGAAGAAGAAGAGGAGGAGGAUGAAGACAAGGAAGAAGAAGAUGAAGAGAAGGAAGAAGAAGAUGAAGAGGAGGAGGAUGAAGAGAAGGAAGAAGAAGAGGAGGAGGAUGAAGACAAGGAAGAAGAAGAGGAGGAUGAAGAUGAGGAGGAGGAUGAAGAGAAGGAAGAAGACAAAGAGGAGGAGGAUGAAGAGAAGGAAGAAGAAGAGGAGGAGGAUGAAGAGAAGGAAGAAGAAGAUGAAGAGGAGGAGGAUGAAGAGAAGGAAGAAGAAGAUGAAAAGGAGGAGGAUGAAGAGAAGGAAGAAGAGGAGGAGGAUGAAGAGAAGGAAGAAGAGGAGGAGGAUGAAGACAAGGAAGAAGAAGAGGAGGAGGAUGAAGAGAAGGAAGAAGAAGAGGAAAAUGAGGAGGAUGGGGGUACAUUUGAAUCUCUUUCCAGAGAAGACUAUGACAGGGUGAAAUGUCUUCGAAAGGAACGGAAGGAAGUGACUAAGAGGCUCAUUCAGGAGAUGAGUGAUGAAGACCUCAGGAUGCUCUCUCUGCGUUUGCUGGAGAAGCAGCCUGGACUCGUAUUUGACGUCCUUGCGAUGAUCCGUUGCCGUGGCGCCCCACCGCCUGCUCUGGGAUUGUCAUGGUGCAUCUGUGGGAACUGCAGGGAAAUGUCGACGGAUCUGGAGAGGAAAUGCUGCGGCCAGGAUCCAGACGCCUGUCUGACCCGUCUCCCUCACUCCACCCUCUUCUGCCUCGAUGGCGGGUUUCUACGCAUCCAUCGGCGCUACAGAGAUGAUGUCUUAGCAGUGGUUCACACUAAGGAGCCUGGGGAGGAUCACGGGGAAUACCGAGAGGCAGCUUUGAGACACUUCCUGCUCUGGCGGCACGGUUCAGUAAACCAGGAGAAAAAACAAGUGAUCCCGAGUUGCUGUGUGUGGAGAAUCAGAGAUGCGUUUCCGGAUCCGUACGGUCAAUACAAAUACAUGUCCAUGGUUCUUUAGUUGCUCCGGCAUGUUAUAGAAACUAUUUAUGAUUGCUCUGUUCCUGUAAAAUUGUUUUGUUAUAUUUUUCAGUGAAGACUGUUUGCUGUAUGUUGAACCUUUUAAUAAAUUCCACAUAUGUCUGCA